GUACACUACAUCUGUAGGUGUAUAGUUUACAUAAGCCUGAGGGCUUCAGGUCUGAGUUUGACAAAAAUGCAGGGCCUGUUAUUUGGUGCUUCUGCACGGAAUGUUAAUGAAGGAUUUAGUUUUGAGCCUAUUCAGAAAUGCACAUACUUGGUUUGUUUCUCCCGUACGCGUUGCCUUACUGUAUGUCAUCGACUUUAACUUCUCUUUUUGCUGGCAGUCAACAGGAAAUCUGCAAAACCACAGAUUGUGUCAAACAAACAGGCCGGCAGUUUUGGCACGUCAGAAUAGGAAGCUGUUAAAAAUAAGCAAACAUUGCCUAUAUCUAUCAUUACAAAAAAGAAUCAAUAAAACUAAAAUGAUGAAAGGUCAACCUGAUGUGACUGUAAGUGUGUGUUUUAAUGCAUCAAGUUAUUCCACGUGUUCAGCUGACACGAGCUGUAUAAAUAGGGGUGGAUCGGGGCCAAAGAGAAGAACAGGAAGAGAAGUCAGACUGUCGGGUGGUGAAACUGUCGAUACAUCGUGUCAGUGUUUAGCUCUUUUCAAAUGAUUCUUGUGAAGUUUGGCUGAGAUAUGUGGCAGCUAUUGCGUGUCCGUACACGGAGGUGAGACGCAUGUGGGCUUCACCUGACAUUCCCUUUAGAGGACUUCAUUUGUACUCUCCUCGGUUUGAGAAGCCUCUCGUGUUUUCUCCAUGGGCUAUGGAGAGCUCCGUAGAAGCGAAUGUGAAUUGCCCAGAGAUCAAAGUUGAAAGCCCAGAGGACAAGCAGUUGGAAGCUCUUCUCAUUCUGGAAGAGGGCGAUGAACCGGCGGAUCUGAUAAACAACGGAGAGCGAGCACGGACAGUACUGAGAGUCAAGAAAAGUGAUGAGGACGAAAACGAUGAUACCAUUGGAGAAGACCACGCGCAUGACCACAACAAUGUGCAACGAGAUAAAAAUGACUGUGAAGUAACAGAAGCCGAAAGGAACGACGAGGGAGACGUCAAUUCAGGAGGUCAACGAGAGAGAAAGGUGGACGGGGUGGAAAAUAUUACGAAAAUGGAUGAGAGAUUGUCAGGAGGAGCGCGAGAGACAGCUGUGACGCCCGAGAAGAUGCCUCAAGAAGAAACACAGGAACCAGAAGAGACCAACACGGAUACGUCGACUCGAGAUAAACCAAGUGCUCAAGUAGAUGUUAAGCUACGGCCCAAAGACAGACUGAGCCCUGAAGAUGCGAAGCAAACGAGAAUAUCAGAUUGUCCAGACGCUCUGUGUGAGCUGCUGUACGCUUUACAAGAGGGCAGAAGAUUUAAUGACCAGCGCUGUUCUUUUCGACUGGAGGGGCGCAGAAGAUGUUACUCUGAACCGAGCACACCGCGCCACAGCCAGAGAGUGUUCUUCUCCUCCAUGACUUCACUUCAGAAGGAUGAGUUCUUCGAUUUGUUGGCGACCUCGCAGGGUCGCCGUCUGGAUGACCAGCGAGCAGAGCUCCAGGACAUUCCUUCUGUCCCCCCGCCCCCCAAGCCCAAACAGAGAAAGAGCAGCUGUAAGGUCACGGAGGUCAGGCAAACGGUUCCCAGACAAACGGCAGAUGAGGACUUGUACAACAUGAUCGUGGUCUCUCAAGGGCAGGGCCGUAUCGAGGAGCAGCGCUGCGCAGCUCCGGGGCCGAUGGACGAUGAAGAUUUUUUCUCUUUGCUUUUAAAGGUUCAGGGCGGUCGAAUGGAUGAACAGAGAACAGAUCUCAAACCUGUUCAUUAAUAGAUGAUAUGAGAAUCAAACUAAAGGUUCCUGCUAGUUCUGGGCCUGUUGUCAUGUUAUGCAAUGUGUGAGUUUAUGAAUCUUUCCUGUCCAAAAAUGAAUAACUAAGAUCAGACUACCGAUAUAAGAACAUUGCACUACUUCUCAAUGUUGCCACAUAGAUUGCACUUCAAAUAGUAGCUGAUGCUCUUGCUUUAAAAGGAAAUUUGAAGGAUUUCUUCAUGUUUCUAUAGUAUGUGCAUGCCCUGCUACAGUAUCUAAAUAAAAGCAAAAGUGUAAUUGUGGUUAAAUAAUGUGCAUUAUGGUCUUUUAUAUUAUGAAAACAAAUACAAAUUAAUGGGGUCGUUUAAAGAUUUUAUGAACCUUUUGAAGUAACAAAUGUAUCAGAUAUAUUUAUUAAAUAUAAACUAUUAUGUAACCGUAAAUGUUCUAGUAGUAACAUAGGACACAAACAACUAAAGUUUUAAAAGUGCUAUUGCUAAAAGGACAAUAUUUAGCAGCUCAUAUUUAUAUUCUGCAGAAAGAUAAUAGUCCUCUAUGGAUCCAUAAAGUCAAAAAUGGUUCUUCUAUUACAUCAUUUAGCACCUAUAUUGUAAAGAUUGUGCUGUUUAACUCCAUUAUUUUUUAUACAAUACUCUUACAUUUAUAUUCCCAAAUAGAUCAGAUGCAUGAUAAAUAACAGCGUUAAAGAGUAGACAAUUUAAUUUAGAAUCCCUCAUUUGUUCUAAAACCAAAUUUGUUUACAUAUACAUUUUUAAUUUAGAUAUGGAACACAUGCUUUUAUCUAAAAUAAUAUGACAAAAUCUAGAAGACAAUUCGAAUUGGGCUUUAGUAAAGUACAUUAGAGUAGAUGCCAAUUAAACUCUGAUGAGUUGCAUGUAUAGCACGUCAUGUUGUAACUAUCCAUGCUUAAAUGUGCUAUAAAAUGAUGUCAAUUUCUAUUUCUACCUGAACUCAAAACUACAGUCAAAGCUGACUUAAGUUGUGUAUUGUGUUCACGGUUUGUUUCAUAAACAUUAAAUCUGACAGAACCAAAAACAUCACUGUAAAGAGUUUUAGAGAUACAAAUUUAUAUUGUCAAGAAAAUUAUUGUCAAGAAAAUUAAGCAAAUGGUUACACAAUAUACCAUAACUUUAACAUAUAAAUGAAUAUUAUAUGCUACAAUUAUUUGAACGUAAUGAAAUGAUAACAAUACAUUGAUUAAACUGUAAAUAAUACAUCA